GGCUCCUCUGCCUCCUGCGGCUGCUGCCUCCGCUGCUGCCUCCUCCUUCCCCACCUCCUCCGUCAGGGGAGCGUCUGCGGGGGCCUGAGGGGCGGCGGCGGCGGCGGCAGCGGCGGCAGCGGCGGCAGCGGCUGCGAAAUGGAGCCGGGGGCCGGCGGCCGGAAUGCUGCUCGCGAACAGGGGGCUGGGCCCCCGAGCCCUCUGCAGCCCCGGGAACAGGAGCGGAAGCUGGAGCAGGAGAAGCUCUCCGGAGUGGUAAAGAGCGUCCACCGGCGGCUCCGCAAGAAGUACCGAGAAGUGUCUUUACUGUGUCCUGCCUCCCUCUGGUUGCUACAGAUUCAUCUCCAUUUUCAGAAUUUUGUACAUAAAGUGGGAGAUUUUGAUAAGAUCUGGAGAGAACACUGUGAAGAUGAGGAAACACUUUGUGAAUAUGCCGUUGCAAUGAAAAAUUUGGCAGAUAAUCAUUGGGCGAAAACUUGUGAGGGUGAAGGUCGCAUUGAAUGGUGCUGUAGUGUAUGUAGAGAAUAUUUCCAAAAUGGUGGAAAGAGAAAAGCACUUGAAAAAGAUGAAAAAAGAGCUGUACUCACCAGUAAGACCACUCCAGCCUUAAACAUGCAUGAGUCUUCUAAACUUGAAGGCCAUUUAACCAACCUCAAUUUUACAAACCCUGAAUUUAUAACUGAGUUGCUACAAGCCUCAGGAAAGAUCAGAUUACUUGAUGUUGGCAGCUGCUUUAACCCAUUUUUGAAGUUUGAAGAAUUUCUGACUGUUGGCAUAGACAUUGUACCUGCUGUGGAGAGUGUGUAUAAAUGUGACUUCCUGAACUUACAACUUCAGCAGCCACUCCAGCUUGCACAGGAUGCUAUAGAUGCUUUUUUGAAGCAGCUGAAAAACCCUAUUGAUUCUCUUCCUGGAGAACUAUUUCAUGUGGUAGUUUUCUCUCUUCUCCUUUCCUAUUUUCCAUCACCCUACCAGCGAUGGAUUUGCUGCAAGAAAGCUCAUGAAUUACUAGUGUUAAAUGGUUUAUUACUUAUCAUCACACCUGAUUCCUCUCAUCAGAACCGUCAUGCUAUGAUGAUGAAAAGCUGGAAGAUUGCUAUAGAAUCCCUGGGCUUUAAACGCUUCAAGUAUUCAAAAUUUUCACAUAUGCAUCUGAUGGCAUUUAGGAAAAUCUCUCUAAAAACCACAAGUGACUUGGUUAGUAGGAACUACCCAGGGAUGUUAUAUAUUCCUCAAGAUUUCAACAGUGUAGAAGAUGAGGAAUAUUCUAACCCUUCCUGCUAUGUUCGAUCAGAUAUAGAAGAUGAACAACUGGCAUAUGGUUUCACAGAGCUCCCUGAUGCUCCGUACGACUCAGAUUCUGGAGAAAGUCAAGCCAGUUCUAUUCCUUUCUAUGAGCUAGAGGACCCCAUAUUACUUUUAAGUUAAUAUGAAAGCAAAAGGCCCUUUCAGUCCAGACUCCUAAUUGCUUACACUAAUUGGAAAUACUAACAUGAACUCAGUGCUUAAAACCUGGUUUGCAUAGAAGAAAUGCAAAGGUUUACAGAGUUUGCUAUUUUUUUCUACUUCUGGAUUUUAAAAUUUAUUCUUAUAUAGAAAGCUUAAAGUUUCAUGCAGAGUGACUCCUGUCAUAGCAGAAACCACUGUUACAUUAGCAUUUCACACUAAAAUAUAGAAAGGUACCUUUGUUUCUCUUUAGUGCUAUUGUGAAAAAUGAAUCAUAAUUUUCUAUAUAUUUUUGUUUCCUUCAGUUGUUCAUUGUUGACUUUAAACUAUUACAAUGGGAAACUAAGAAAUGUAGAGAGCUGUAGAUUGCACUUUGUUGACUCAUAAGUUGAAUAUGAUACAUAGAUCGGUUUAGUUGUUUGUGAUGCACUUAUCUUUUUUUCUAACUAAAUUGUUAUCUAAUACAGAAAGCUGUCUUAUAUUCAGUUUUGUCUGAUGAUUCAGUAUUUCCUGAACUUUUUGGAACUGGUGAUAAGUCUUCUUUUCUUCUAUUGAACUCAUUUGGCAGCCUCAGACAUUGGGGAAAAUAUUUCCCCCAGAGUACGUAUUCUCAUUUCCUUAGCACAGUACAAGAAACACCAAUUGCCAAAGUGAUAUUUUCAUAACUUUCUUAUUGUUUUGGGCCUUGGUGUUAAACAUAUUUAUCUGUGAGAGUUCACUUUUACUUCUUUAAAAUUUAGGUUUCAUUUACAAAAUUUUCUAUUUAAGCAAAGAACAAUGUAUAAUAGUACUGACGGAAAACACCUUUGUGAAAGGGUUUGCACUUGUGCGAGAGUUUAUGUUGUAUUGAAACCAGCUUUGAUAGGGUCCCCACCUUUCCACUAAGGAGGUGCUGCACUACAAGUUUGGAAUUGUAUAGAAAAAUUUAAAAUUAGUCCUCUGCUCAAAGUUUCAUAAAAUGGUUUUGACCUUGUGGUAACAUAAUUUUUUUCUAAACCCUAGCACAAAAUUUUUCUUUGAAUAUAAAACCAUUAGUUGGCUGUGGGAAUCUUCCCUUUCCACAUUGAUAAAUGCCUUUCUAUGUUUCUGAAUCAGAAGCAAAUAAGGAAAAUAAAUGUCCAAACAAGACAAGUUUAAACUGCUAGAAACAUUUAGUCCACAUUGUCUUGUCAGCCAGCAAUUGUCAUGUAAACUAUCAUUUUUAAGAGUGCCACUGUGUGGAUUUUUUUCAAGUGGUUAUUACAUUAAAAUUACCUCAUACUGAGGUUUUUGCACUGAAAUAUCACAGUUUCAGAUUUCAUGGUUAAAUGUGUGUGUGCGUGCGCACGUGUGUGUAUGUAUGUAUUUUUAAAGGAAAUUUGCAUUUUCAACAGUUGAUCCUAAAUUUCAUAAACUGCACUUCCUUACUCUGGUAAAACUGAUGUUUUUGUGCUUAUUGUGAAUUGCUGUAGUUAACUUUGAAUGUCAGAUUUUAUUUAGGAAUACAAAAUUGAUCCUUUAAGAUACAAAUGGUUGAGUGUGUAUACCCAGUAUUUCAAAUGAAAUUUCACAUGCUAAAUUAAUGAAGGUAAAAGGUUGUAAUUAAUAUGAACAGUCAGUGACCAAAUGCAGUAAUUAUUGGUUGCUCAAAUAUGCCAUGAGUAACUUAAAAUUUUUCAUUUAUUUUCAAUAGCAUGCAAGUCCUCAAUAAGUGGAGUAGACUUUUUCUUGUAGUUAAGCACUAUAGGAUCAUGUCCUAUUCCUCCAUCAAAACGAAAACAAAACUUAAAAACGGUAUAUUCACAAUAAUUCAGAUUUGUGUUUUGGUAGUACUCCUUUUGCCAAACUGUUUUCUUCAUUUGACUAAUCCUAAAAGCAAAGAAAACAGUACACAAAUGAAAGUGCAUUGAAACUAAGUGAAAACAAUAGUUUUGAAAGUUUGGUCUAACUAUGACCAUUGAGACAGCCUUUGUGUUAGAGCUAAAAUGUUGGUGCUAUAAAUUCUUCUGAUUGUUUACAGAUACUGAUUCUGCUUAUGCUCUAAACUGUGCAUGAUGUAUUUUAAGUAGUACUUUAAAGAAAAUAUCGUUAUAAAACCUACUACCACUUCAGUUUAUUUGAAUUUGUAUCAUUUACUAUAAAUUCAGUUUUCUCAAAUUUGGUUCAUGCAGGAUUUAAUCUAACACAUAGUCCACCAAAGCCAGUUCAUUGUAUGUAUUGAAAUAUAGGCAGUCAUUGUGGCUUUUGCCAGAUCACAUGUGUAAUGACAAAUGAACUUAAUAGGGCCUUCUAAUACUGUAUGGGUACUCUUAAGAAUGAUUUCAUUUGAAUAUAAAAAAAGUUAAGGGGCCUCCUGUCAUAUUCAUGUUAAUUUCCCCAAAAUAAUUUGGCAUUUCAGGAUUGUGAAUAGAUGUUGUGGUUUUACCAUUGUUGCCAAGUGGUGGGAGGUAGUGAACCUGAAAAUGUAUGUUUGUGUUUGUUGUAUUUUUUCACAUUUUGUGAACAAAGCACAUUUAUUAAAAAUUUUAAAUUUUCUAGUA